UUGAAGAGUUCAGAUAGAUCAUAUUGUCGUAUCUACAUUCAUUCUUGGUUCUCUUUAAAAACCAGCAAAAAAUUCCAGUUCGGUGGUGCUCAAAGUGGAUACUGCACGAACAGCAGUCAAGGGUUCGCAUGUGCAACUAAAGAGCCUGGCGAUACUUUCACGAGUGCCUCUUUCGACGGCAUUCUUGGUAUGGCUUGGGAUUCGUUGGCAGUGGACAAUAUCGCACAGCCGAUGGAUCAAAUUUUCAACAGUCCUCAAUGUAACGAGAAAUUAUUCGCCUUCUGGUUGAACACAAACGAAUCAGCACAAUUCGGUGGAGAGAUAACGCUCUGUGGCAUCGACCAGAGCCGUUAUCAGGGUGAACUGACCUGGAUUCCACUCAAGGAAACCAACUAUUGGAUGGUCCAAAUGCAAGGCGUGUACAUGGGCCAGCAGCAGAUCGUCGGUCAGUUUGAUGCUAUUCUCGAUAGCGGUACGUCUCUGAUAUUGAUUCCAAACAGUCAGUUCAGUCAGGUCAUACAAGUUUUGGGCGCUACCGAAAACAACGGACAGUACUUGGUGAGUUGCUCUCAAGUCAGUUCAUUGCCAGCAAUUACCGUCGUCCUCGGCAAUCAAAACUUCAACGUUCCUGCAAACGCCUAUAUAGUUCCGUUCGGUAAUGGACAGUGCGUCGUUAACUUGCAAUCCGGCAAUACAUCAUUCUGGAUUCUCGGCGAUAUCUUCAUUGGACAAUUCUACACGGUAUUCGACCAUGGAAACCAAAGAAUUGGACUGGCACCCUCAAAUACGGCGAUUAAUUAA